AUGGUACUGAUCCUCGCACGGGGCUUGGCUGUUUGGGGCUUUCACUGGGUUCUGUGCAAGCUAGAAAUGCUGGAUUUAGUAGGUGGUAUUUGCUAUGCUCCUUGGUGUCCAGCUUGUCAACAGAUUGAACUGACAUGGGAGAGUUUUGCAAAGGAAAGCGAACAUUUAAAUAUCACUGUGGGAAAGGUGGAUGUCACUCAAGAGCCAGGCUUGAGUGGUCGUUUCUUUGUCACAACUCUUCCUACAAUUUACCAUGCAAACGAUGGAGUAUUUCGCAGAUACCGAGGCUCACGGACGUUGGAAGAUCUUGAAGAUUAUGUUUUAGAGAGAAAAUGGGAAGCUGUGGAGCCUGUAGCAGGAUGGAAGUCUCCAUCUUCUAUAAUGAUGCAUGGUAUGGCAGGGCUAUUUCACCUCUCUGGAUGGAUUAGGCAAAUUCAUAGCUACCUCACUGGCACUCUUGGAGUUCAUGUUUGGAUUUCUUAUGCAGUCUUCAUCUCAGCUACCUUAUUGAUUGGCCUGGUCCUGGGUUUGAUACUGGUUCUGAUUUCAGACUGCCUUUGCCCAUCUAAGUCAAGAUACGAAGCUGAAACACCUGAAGCAAUUACCAAGGAUAAUGUAGAGAAUGCAGUGUUAGAAGAAAUGGAGGAGGCUGCAGAGCUUUCAGCAGAUGAUGCAGAAGAGAAUGCAGAUGUAAAAGAUCUCUCAGAUGGAGAAGAUGCAGCAAAUUCAAGUGCUGAUGACUCAGAGGAGGAUUUAGCCCUUGGAAAAGAAUCAGAGGAAGAAGAUAUGGAAGACUUAAGUGAACAACCUUUAGUUGAUUCAGAGACUGAAAGCACGGUAAGACAGCGUAAAAGUCAGGUGGUUGAUAAUGGACUAUAG